AUGUUCCCCAGGAUCACUGCCGGUAUCAGAAUGUCUCAGCCGUUAUUGUGGAGCUCUAUAAUUGAUAAACCAAACAGAACAGAGGACAAGAAGGCUCUAGAUCGCCAGAUUCCAAAGAACUCCUUCCACCAGACGCCUCAUAUAACAUACCCACGACCUCCUUCAUUUUGGAGAAAAUCCACUCCUGCACAUCACAUUAUCCAGCCUAGGAUAAUUGAGCAACCCGAUCCAGCUAGUUUGAAGCGGCAAUGUAUAUAUCGAAAGAAGCUGGAAAAGGAGAAAUCCAAGACCCUAAAGAAAAAGUCUGACUUUUUGCUGUUAAAGUUUGUUAAGGUAGCGAAGCUUAAGCAGAAAGAGAUUUACCCAUGGAAUGAAAAGUUGAAACCAGAAAGGCUAAAGGCAGUCAUCAAGAAUUUAACUUCCUCGGUUGAAUCUGAACAACUCUAUGCAGCUCAGGCUCUUGGUCAUCUUGGAGUUGCCGAAGAACACAUUGUCUCUGCACUUUAUAAUACACUUCAAGAAUGUGAAAGUCUGCCCUUGAAGUAUGAAAUAGCUCGGUCCCUGGCUUUGUUGGGUUGCCUGGAGGAGACCUCUGUAAUGAAAAUACUAAUUAGACACUUGAAGGAUGUGAGCCUGAACCGGAGAGAAGAUGUCUUGUCUGCCCUGAAAGUGUCUCUGCAUGCAUGGUCAAUAUUGCCUAAAUAUGAGCAUUGCAUAGGUGCCCAGUCCAGUCUGACUCGGAAUCUCCAACGGUUGGUGAAAUUGCAGGAGCCCACGGACAAUGUAUCUUUCAAUGCAGCCAUUUGCUUGGGAUACCUGGAUAGAUCCAGUUCAGAUGCCCAAAUGAUAAUGUUUCGGUGUCUGACCCAGAAGGACUGGAAGAAGAAAAUGGAGGCUUUGGUCAUGUUGGUACAUCACAUGAACAUUGUGGAUGCUGUUAUCAUCCACACAGUUCUUGAGCAGCUUCGAUGUUCCCCCGUAUACAAACAUCGUGCGGACUCUGCCAAACUCUUGACUACCAUAGGGCUGGAAACAAUCCAACAGGCACACCUGGAGGAUCGUGUUUUUAACGUGCUUCUGGAAAAGUUGUAUGAGGAACCACUUUUGGUAGUCCGGCAGUCAGUUGCCUUGGCUGUUGAAGAGCUGAAGAUGAAGAAGCGAGUCUGGGACAUUGUGGAGAAAAAGCUAAGGGACGAGAAUGAGGAGGCCAGAAAGCAAGCUGUAAUUUCCUUAGGUGUCCUUGGUUUACGCCAUAAGAAUGUGUUCUUUACCUUACUGGAAAUGCUGGACCUCGAUACCAGCGAGGAGGUCCGCAUACAGGUCAGCAAGACUUUUUCCACUCUGGGAAUGAACAACAUACAUGUGAGGAAGAGUCUAAAGAACAAGGCACAGACAGACGGGACUCUAGCAAGAGAAUGCGCCAAAGCCUUGAAGAUACUGGAUAAAGUCCCUGCUAUCCAGAAAGACUUGAUGCUGCAAUCUUUCUGGCUUCACUGA